GGCCCCGCCGCGCCGGGAGGAGGAGGCGGCGGCGGCGGCGGGGAGGGGCGGCGCGGCGGCGGGGGCAGCCGGGCCCGGGCUGGCGCUUGGCGGCGCCGCGGGCGCGGCGAUGAGCGGCCCCUCGGAGGCGCGGGAGCUGCCGGAGCGGCUGCGGGAGGCGGCGGCGCUGGGGGACGUGGAGGAGGUGCGGCGGCUGCUGCGCGCGGGGGCGGACAUCAACUCCCGCAACGAGAUCAACGGCUGGACGUGCUUGCACUGGGCCUGCAAGCGGAACCAUGCCCAGGUGGUGUCCUGCCUGCUGGAUGCGGGGGCCGAUAAGGCCGUCCUCACGGCCAAAGGAGAGCGGGCCGCCCAGCUAACUUCAAAGCCGGACAUCAGGAAGAUUUUGGGAGAGGAAGAAAAUGAAUGUCAAGAAGUGAAAGAUUUAAAAUUACCAAUUGUUGCAAACUAUUUGGCCAAUCCACCAUUCCCUUAUAUUUACACUAAAGAAAGCAUUCCAGACAACUUGACUGAAUCCCAGAAUGAAAGUGUUUCCACAUCUUCCGCUUCCCAGUGUGAACCUAGUCCUUGUUCAUCAGCAACUCAGGUUGAAAGCAUUUGCACACCUACAUCAUUGAAUGGUGAAGAUGAUUUUCCUGCAUUAGACGCUGCAGAACAGCCAACCACCCCGUCAGCAACUGUCACAGCACCAAAAUGCAUAAAACCGAAUGUACAGAAUGGCCCUAUUUGUCAACCACCCUUGUCUCAUAGCAGAGCUCUGUUUUCUCCAGUAGCAUCGAAACAAGCUAUACCUCAGCAAAUGAACGGUUCACCUGCUGGUCCUGCAGCAACGUUCCAGCCCUUUUUCUUUACUGGAACUUUCCCAUAUAACAUGCAAGAACUUGUGCUUAAGGUAAGAGUCCAGAACCUCAGAGACAAUGACUUCAUUGAAAUUGAACUAGACAGACAAGAACUGACCUAUCAAGAUCUGCUCAGAGUGAGUUGCUGUGAACUGGGUGUUAAUCCAGAACAAGUAGAGAAGAUCAGGAAAUUACCUAAUACACUGGACAAGGAUGUUGCCAGACUUCAGGACUUUCAAGAACUGGAAUUAGUUCUUGCGAAAAGCGACAACUCUCCUUUCAGAAAUGCUGCAUCAACUUUGACCGAAAGACCAUGCUACAAUAGUAGAGCAUCAAAGCUGACUUACUGACUCUUCUGGAGGAAUCUAGAAUAUGAAAACCUGGUAAUUACAUGCUACUGCCUUUUGAAGGCAGUGAAUUAAUUGUGUGUGAAACCUUAAGUUAUUGUUAGGGUUAAUAUUUUAACUAAUAGUUUAUCUUUGAUAUUUAAUAUCCCCUCUGCUUUUAUUUUUUUACUUGAUGCUGUAUUCAGAUAAAGGAUACCUCAUUUGUCUACUAAAAUCACAUGCUUCCAAUGCAGUUCAAUAAAGUUUAUUAGUUGUAUUUGGCAGCAGAGGGCAGGAAGAACUUAAUUGUUGGUAUGAAAAGUAUGUUGAGUACUUGCACUCUUUGACCAAGUUACAGUGUUGUAGAAAAGAGAUUCAGGAAAUGGUAUAUAUUCUUUUUAAACUUCCUAAUUAAGUUAAACUUUAGAGGGUUUUUUUGGCAUAUAAUGAACUGUUGCUCUCUAAAAAUGUAAAAUUUGCAAUUCCUUAAUCUCUUCUUAAAGUCUUAACAAGAUGCAGUGUCUUUUUUUCACUUCACCACAAAAUGUUAUGUGAACUGAGGACUGACAAGUUGAAGGCUUGCAGUAGUGGGAGUCAACAGAGGAGCAUCUUCAAGAAUUUGACUUUUUUCCAUUUGAGACAUGGCUUUUAAGUUUCAUGCACAGGCCCAGGACUGAAGUGCAAUAGUAAUGAGUUAAGUGCAACAGACAUUCCGUAUUAUUUGAGCCAUGUCUAUAUCAUGGGCAUGAGGCCUGAACUGCCGUGCAAGCUAAUCCCAGAACUGCACCUGAAGCAGGUCUGUACCUGAAGUGCACAAAAGUCUUAUUUUCCUGCAGCACACUGUCAUCCUGGCUGUGUUGCUGCUAGACAGAAGGUGGUACAUACGCAAAAAAACGCACUACAGCUUGUGCUGGUGUUAGCUUGCAGCUCUGCACCACACUGCACUGCAUGAUGCAGAUAGAUGGCCUUACUCCACCUAAACACAGCCCAUUAGCAGUAAGCCAUUCCAUCUGUCUGCUGGGGGUAGAAAUACGUAAUACUAGCAAGUGAUAGGUGAAACAAUUUUUCACUGGGCUGAAAAUAGUAAUAGUAGAAUUAAAAUUGUCCACAUGUAAAUGGCUGUUGCUUUCCCCCAUAAGAGUAAUUGUAACUUAAAUGAUGGGAUCCUUCCACCUCCAAAAAAAUCUGGAAGCAUCUCUUAACUGCAGAGUAAUAAAAGUGGCAAAGUUAGUUAACAUGCCAAUUCAAAAGAAAGCCUGUUAUGUUUCAGGGGGUAAGGAUGUGAGCACAGAGCUGAGGCUGUUGUUUUUUUCUAGCCUCUUGAGAAGACUGCAUUACUUACAUCAAAACUCAGUACGGGAAGUCAGGUAACUUUGUGGACAAGCCUCACGGAACAGUUCGGGGAUGCAUGGUUAGUUUCUGCUGUGAGAAGAGCAGAAGAAGCACAAUAAUACUUUUGAGGUAUCACAAGCUUAAGGAACAUACUAUGCUCUUGAUUAGCCAUACUAAACAGGGAACAUAAACAAAGUAGGAGAAAUGGCAAUUAGCAUUGCACCCCUGGAAGAAUAAAUAAGCUGUAACUUUACAUUGCACAGUCUACUUAAAUCUAGUUUCACUUCUACAUAGCAGCAAAUGUUUUACCUAGGUAAGUACUGCAGAGGGCUGAAGGCCUCCAGGUGCUUUCACUAAAUAUUUAAAACAAAAAAGAAAACAAAAAAAACCCAAAACCAAAACACCACCCACACACAGACUUUGGUUAAGCUGCAGAUGGCUUAAUUUUCAUAUAAGUAAAUCAAAAAUGAAAAUUCAUCUGUGGUUUUAUGAAUGGUGAAAGUCAUCAUCAAAACAAAAUCUGAAAUCAUUCCUCUUCAUCCCAAGCAAGUUCUCUGAAGGCACUUAAGUAGCAGCAUUUUUGGAGCAUUAACAUCUGGAAAUUUUGCCAACAUGGUAGUCUGCAAAGCUAUACCUUAAGAGGCUUUUUGUAGCCAACCCUGCCCCCCACCACACACACACACAAAAAACCCUACAGGGAUAACCUUUGCACCAAAAACUUUAAUGGGGUACUUGUUCGUUUUUUUUUUUUUUCCCUGGACAGGAGCUAUUUAAAAAAAACAACAAAAAAAUCUAGUACUGGUUUUCCUUCCACCUCUAGUUUAUUAAGCUGUGUAAGAGCAGCAUCCUUAUGCAUAGCUGAAACAGUGUUUCUUUGCUGAUCUGGGCUGUAGUGUUGCUGUUCAGACUGCAGGUAGUACAAUCGACAUGCUUUGGUAGGAGCAGCAUGGCUGCCACCAUUUCUUAGCUUCCUGUGGAGAAGCUGCUUUAUCCUGGAAUCAGCUCCUCCAGGGGCUAGUUGUGAGGUUAGUACAGGAACGCACAUCAGGAAUAUGGACAUCUCCUUUACCAACAGAAUAAAUGCUUGUUUCAGUGUUCAGGAUUUUACUAAAUUACUUGCACUUUCUUCAACUCAAAAUUUUUGCAUACUGGAUUCAAAAUAAUCAAUCACCAUCCUUUCCCAACUGCUCCGUAUUAUAAUGAAUGUGACUUAACAUCACUUAAACACUGCCAACCAUUGCAAUGCUGCUGUUUAAGGAGUCUAAGUGCACAAAAUUGAACUUUUAUUAGUUGAAGUGAAGUCUUGCAUCAUUCCCUACAUAACUGUUUAAGUACCUGCUCUCUCCCUUUUUCUGCAUCCAGGAGGUGCACUAGUGUUAAAGUGUGAUUCAACUCCUGCUAAGCUCAAGCCUGUGACACAGUAUGAAGUAAAAAUUCAUAGCUACACCACCCUAUUUUUCUUGUAGGACAAGAAAGGGGCUUUUAUCUUAACAUAUGCAUAUUUAUCCUUUUAGCAUAGUUUGAAGGCUAGUUCAGAUGUGCAAUAAUUGUUCAGAAAAAUCUAUUAGUUAAUGGCUCAAAAUUAAAAGUAUUUAAUUUUGCAGUUCCUGUGUUUAGGAAGUCAGUGUAAAGACUGCCUCCACUAAUUACUGAAAGUUCGGCUAUAGCAGCAGCUGGUUUUAAAAAAAAGCUUUAUUUGCUGUAGUUUCCACAAAGAAUAAUUGUUAACUUCAGUCAUGAUCUGACUAACAGUACUAAUAACAGUAAGUCUAUGCAUUCAGAGAAAUAUUUUUGUAUGUUUUAUGCAGUUUGAUAAACUCUAAGGCACACUAGCUUUUUUUUUUCUUUAUAAACUGUUGGUAUGACAACUGAGAAUAAGUUUACAGAACUUAGUGUUUUUGCAAGGACAACUUUUGUUUGCACUACAAACUUCUAUUGAACUAACAUUCCUACUUUUCACCUGUAUUAAAGUAUCAAUUGUUUCAA